GUUGUGCCAUUCGGCCUCGCCCUGGGCGCUGGUGUCAUCGGGUGGUACUACUACAUGUAUGGUGGAGCGGUCGAGAAGAAGGGGGUCAACGAAUUUAUCAAGGACGAGGCUAAGAUCAUCGAACGUGAGCACCAGGCGAGCAAGGACCAAGUGACCAGCCUGGAGUAGAAGUUAGGUCUCGGAGAUGGCAGGCAAGUAGUCAAGUGUGUCGCCGAAGAGGGUCGAC